AUGUCGACUACAAAUGGAGGCAAUGCGUUUGCAGAUGCAGUAGCCAAGGCUAAACAGAUUGCAGCUAAGUUUAGGGGAGCCACUGCUAGCACAGGAGAUGGUGGCGGUACAACUAAAAGACCAUUUGAAGGUUCAUCAGAGUACCAGCCAGAAACAAAAAAGCAGGCCACAGCUGACAAUAACAGAGCCAGUCAGGCAGCAGUGUUAGCAGCCCAAGCGGCACAGCAGAUUAACGCCAAAUUGGGUAUAACAGCCCCAGCAUCAAAUCCCAUAUUUGCCCCAGCAAUUCCGUCUAUAUCGGCUGGCCCUGGUUUGGCAGAUCCCCAUGAAAUUGCAAGGAUGCUCGGUUUUCCAGUCUCUGCAACCGAAACUACUACGGUUCCCGACAAGAUGGUCGGAUAUUUAAUAGGAAAAGGUGGAGAACAGAUAACAGCUAUCCAGUCGGAGAGCAAGUGUGUCGUCCAAUUCGUCACAGAAAGUAAUGGUACACCUGAAAGACCAUGCAUAUUGACUGGAACCCCGGCAACCAUCAUGAAAGCCAAAGAGGUUUUGAAUCGUCUGAUCUCAAACUUCAGAGCCGGCGGCGGAGCAGCUUCAGCAACAGACGAAAAUUCCUCUCACAUCGAGCUAAUGGUGCCCGGUUCAAAAGUCGGCCUCAUCAUAGGAAAGGCUGGAGAAACUAUCAAGGGUCUCAUGGAGUCAACAGCUACAAAGAUUGUUGUCAUACAAGACAGUAACGUCAUGACGCACCAGGACAAACCUGUGCGGAUUUCAGGAGAAAGAAAUAGCUGCCUGAGAGCUAAAGAGAAGAUAAUGGAGCUGAUAUCAGAUGCCAAGGACUCAGUAUUAAUCACAGGAGGAGGACCUGCUGUUAAUCCCUAUGGUACACCGUUGACAUCAGAGGGAGGGAAAGUUCAUUUUGAAAUGCCCAUUCAGAGGACCAUGGUCGGUUUGGUCAUAGGCAAGGGAGGUGAGAUGAUUAGGAAGAUUCAAGAGGAGUCUGGCUCAAAAGUUCAAUUUAAAGGGGACGACGAUGGUACCUCGCCGACCAGGAACCUCUCCAUUGAUGGUACAGAGGAGACAAACAGGAUUGCAAUGAGGAUGGUCACUAAUCUCAUUGACAGUGCUAUGAAACAAAAUUCCUUGACUGGUGGUGGCAAGGUGGGCUAUCCAGGGGCUGAAUGGUCUGCUGGGGCUGGCAGCCAGUACAACCUUGCUGUUCCCAACGAUAAGUGUGGCAUCAUCAUUGGAAAAGGUGGGGAGACAAUUCGUGAUAUCAAUCGCAUCUCUGGAGCAUUUGUUGAGUUGGAUCGAAAUGCAGGCGUCGACUCGAGUGAGAGGAUCUUCAAAGUUGUUGGGAACCAGGAUCAAGUCCAGCAUGCCGUCAGACUUAUGUGUGAAAAGGCGCAACUGCCUAACCCAAUGAUGUCAUCUGAUGGAUACAUGGGCAGUCAUAUGGGUGGAAUGGGACCAAGAGGGCCGUAUGGAGGACCACCUGGUCAAAUGUACGGACCGAUGGGUCCUAUGGGUGGUAACAUGGGGCCUAACAUGAUGGGAGGGCCUAACAUGAUGGGCGGCUCACCGUGGGGACCUUACCCUCCUCAGCAGUACCCUCAUCAACAAUCUAUGGAUCCAAACAAUCAACAAAAACAACAACCACAACAACAUCAACACCAAGGACAGGGCAAUGCUCAGGGCCAGCCACCUCAACAAGCACAAGACCCCAAUGCAGCAGCUGCUGCUGCAUGGGCAGCUUAUUAUGCUCAGUAUUACGGCCAGGCAAUGAUGAACCCAAUGCAAAUGGGCUACCCUAAUAUGACUAACCCUGCCACAUCUGUAGCUUCAAAUGCUACCAGUGGUGGAGAUCCAAGUGCGAGUUCAGCUGGGUCUGGUGCUAAUACUUCUUCUGCGGCAAAUGGACAACCAGAUUACAGCGCAGCAUGGGCAGAGUACUACAGAUCACAAGGGAUGCAUCAGCAUGCAGCUGCCAUCAUGCAAAUGCAGCAGCAACAGCAGCAGCAACAACCACCACAGCCACCUCAGCCUCAAAAAUAA